AUGCAACGUGGACGCUGCGUAGAUUUAUAUUUUAUAAAAAUAUUUAUAUUAUUGAUUACGAUUAGCUGUAUUAAAGCUGAUAUUGGUGCUAAGGAUAAUGGUGAUAUAUAUGUAAUAAAAAUCAGUUCCUAUAACUUUACUGUAACAACUGAAAUGCCAACGAAAAAUGCUACAGACUUGGAGGCGGUCACGAACUUAUGCAAUUCUAGUUUCUCUAUACCAAUAGAUUAUUUGGAAGAAUUUAAUAACACUGGUGAACUACCAGAUAUUAUUGAUAAAACUGGUAUGUGCUUUAUACGUUGCUUUUAUGAAAAGUCUGGUUUUAUAGACAAUUGGGCUUUAAACGUUGAACUAAUAAGGCAGUACAUGUGGCCAGCUACUGGUGAUUCCAUAAGCUAUUGUCAGGAGCAAGGCAAAAAUGAGGUAAAUGCUUGUGUAAGAACAUAUGCAAUAGCAAAAUGUCUGAUGAUACGCGCUAUAGUCGAUGCCAGAAAUAAGCCGGUGGUAUAAACUAUAUUGGAAUUUUACAUAUAAAAUUCAAAAUUUAAAUAAUUAAAUUU